AUGAUGAUAAAAACCACCCCACCGCCUUCCUGUGCUUCGUCUGUUUUUUCGCCACGCGUGCGACAAACACACAAACCGUUUGCACAGUCCGGUCUGCUGGAGGAGAGCAGCUUCGCAACGCUUUUCCCGAAAUACCGAGAGAAGUAUCUGAGGGAGGUCUGGCCUAUCGUUACCAAGGCGCUCCAGAAACGCGGCGUGUCUUGCGAGCUGGACCUGAUCGAGGGGUCGAUGACGGUCCGCACCACGCGCAAGACCCGCGACCCGUACGUCAUCGUGAAGGCGAGGGACCUGAUCAAGCUGCUGGCGAGGUCGAUCCCGGCUCAGCAGGCUCUGCGGGUAUUGGAGGACGACGUCAACUGUGACAUUAUCAAGAUCGGAGGCAUGGUGCGCAACAAGGAGCGGUUCGUGAAACGGCGGGCGAGGUUGGUCGGGCCUGACGGAUCUACCCUCAAGGCGCUGGAGCUGCUGACCGGGUGCUACGUUCUCGUGCAGGGAAACACGGUGUCUGCCAUGGGGUCGUACCAGGGUCUAAAGCAGGUGCGUAAGGUGGUGACGGAUUGCAUGAACAACGUCCACCCUGUGUACAACAUCAAGACCCUCAUGAUCCGGAGGGAGCUAGCCAAGGACCCCAACCUUAAGGACGAGAACUGGGAACGGUUCCUGCCGCAGUUCCACAAGAAGAACGUGAAGCGGAAGAAGCCCGCCGUCAUCAGAGAGAAGAAGGUAUACACCCCCUUCCCUCCGGCACAAACGCCGCGCAAGGUGGAUGAGCAACUCGAGAGCGGAGAGUUCUUUCUCAACGAGCGCCAGCGGAAGGCGAAGAAAAGGGCGGAAAAGAAGGCCAAGUCCGCAGAGCUUUCAGCGGCGAAGCGAAAAAACAGAGAACAGGAUCUGGAGCCAACCGAAGGAGACUACGACGGGCACGGCGCCGAUGAAGGGGGCCCCGCAGGCGGCGGGAAGGGUACGGGGGGUGGGCGGAAAAAGCGAUCACGUGGCGGCGGCGGCGGCGGCGGCGGCGGCGCCCCCCCCCUUGCCGAAGGCAGCAAGGAGAUGGGGCAGGAUCUCGACCGCCUCAAGAAGGGGUUUCUCGACGGGGGGGGGGGGAGAGGGGACGCGGUUUCGACGGCCACCACCUCCGCCGAAGACUUCGUUCAGCCCAAGAAAAGGAAGAAGGCUGUCGUGAACAGCCCGAGUUAGUUGUAAAAGUUGGCUUUGGACUGACGGGUCAGUGUGAGCAUUUGGAAUGCCGGGUGAGCGCGAGCAUUAUCUUCGACUUUCUCAAGUGGUUGGCAGCUGUAGGACAGCAGUAUCCGGGUCCGCACGUGUCGGUUGUCCUAGAGAAGGCUGCGCCGGGUUUCGGUGAGUGGUCGGCGAGCAUGUCGUCUGUCUGCGGCACUCGCAAGCGCUCGUAAGACAGCAGUCUCGUGGGUGGCGCACGUUUUGUUUUUUAGGCCAAGUGCUGCGUUUAAAGCGUAGCGUGUGUGGCGAGUUGCGUGUGAGCCGGGGCAAGCAGGUACAGUAUAGUGUUCUGCCCGGAAAUGUUAGGGUGGGCCUGACUCGUUGUUACAGUAGGACGGUCUUGGUGGGCUUGGGUUUUCUCGUAAAGACUUGGGGGCGCAAGUGGUUGUUGUCGGCGGCGAUCACUCGUUUGCUCCCCCGUGGUCGGUGGACACGUCUCCGUGUUCCACAGCGAGAGAAUGCUUGCGGCCUGCUCUCAGUGCGUGAACUGGCGGGGUUGGCUAUUGUUUUGGUUGGCUCAUGUGUCGGGGCUCCAUGCACCCCCUGCGCGCAGGCCUUUUCCCUCGCAAAGGUUUCGGUAAGAAGAUGGCAAGCGUAUGGUCUGUCGCCAGGCCGUUCUGGGGGGAUGGGGUGCGGAGACGGGAUAGGAGGUCGCCGGAAGAAGAUUCUAUGCCCCUCCCUCCCGGUUGGAGCUAGUUUAGGUCGUCAC